CACGCCCCCCGGACGCUGCUCCCCGGCCUCCUCCUUCCUUUACGCUAAGAAAGGAGAAAGUAAGGGCAAGAAGGAGCAGCACACGCAGGAGAAAACGCGAGACGAGACGAGACGAAAGGGAGAGAGCCGGCCCAGCCACCAUGGCAGCAUCCACCGCCUCUCCGCUCCCGAUCGCGUCCGAGCACCGCGCACCUCCACCCGGGUCGAGCACGGCACGGAGUCCGCAGGCGCACGACGGCACGCAGUUCGGUUCGGAUGAAUGAGGAGCCAGCUGGGGGGCAAACAUGAGGGUCAUCUUCAUCCAGAACGCCGGUUUCGUCGCAGCCUUCUCGCCUGGUAGAUGUUUUAGGAGCACAGAUGAUGAGCCCCAAAUUAGACGCAAACAUCAUCGGUCGGUCAUUGAGGAGUAGCCUCCUUCAUGGAUGGAUUAUUGCAGGUUGAAAUGAUCAGCUCAAUUCAUAUUAUUAUACAUUAUUGACCGUAUCCAAUGAUAUGUAUGUGGUUAUUAUAGGCAGAUGAUGUCCUUUUUGUAGACUUUUUAUGCAAUCAUCAGCAAGACAAUCUGGAAAGGUUUCCACGUUGACAAAUAUGACAAAGUAGCUUGCGCGUUAUUCCUAGUAAUUUAUGUAUUUAUUACUAUUAUUAGGCCUAUAAGUAUUACUGUAUAUGAAUUCUCGUAUUGCUAGCUGGGGUGACUUUUAUUUAGAAACAAGUUAGCUGAGAUGGCUUACUUAGCUCGCCGCCCCGAGGCUCCCAGAGGUCCAACCUGUGCGCCCAAACCCGCCGGGGCUGACCCCCGCCGCUCCCCCUCGCUCGCCGGAAGCUCACCCGAGGAGACCCGGAACCCGGGCGUGAAGAAACACCACCACAAGCACAACCUGAAGCACCGCUACGAGCUGCUGGAGACUCUGGGGAGGGGGACGUACGGCAAAGUCAAGAAGGCCAUUGAACGCCACUCCGGCAGAGAGGUGGCCAUCAAGUCCAUCCGGAAGGAGAAGAUCAAAGACGAGCAGGACAUGGUUCACAUCCGCCGCGAGAUCGAAAUCAUGUCGUCCCUCCGCCACCCGCACAUCAUCUCUAUAUACGAAGUGUUUGAGAACAAGGACAAGAUUGUCAUCGUCAUGGAGUACGCCAGCAAGGGUGAGCUGUACGACUACAUCAGCGAGCGCCGGCGCCUGAGCGAGCGAGAGACGCGACACUUCUUCAGGCAGAUAGUCUCCGCUGUACACCAUUGCCAUAAGAAUGGCGUGGUCCACAGGGAUCUGAAACUGGAAAAUGUGCUACUGGAUGAAAACUGUAAUAUUAAGAUUGCUGACUUUGGCCUGUCCAACCUGUACCACAAAGACAAGCUUCUGCAAACCUUCUGCGGCAGCCCGCUGUAUGCUUCACCAGAGAUUGUCAACGGGAGGCCGUACCGCGGGCCAGAGGUGGAUAGCUGGGCUCUGGGGGUGCUGCUGUACACGCUGGUGUAUGGAACCAUGCCGUUUGACGGCGACGACCACAAGAACCUCAUUCGGCAGAUUAGCAACGGCGACUACAAGGAACCCACACAAUCCUCAGAUGCGAGGGGACUGAUUCGCUGGAUGCUAAUGGUGAACCCCGAGCGCCGCGCCACCGUGGAGGAUAUCGCCAACCACUGGUGGGUAAACUGGGGCUGGAAGAACAGCGUGUGCGACUGCGAUGCCCAGCGCGACCACGGCAGCUCGCCCAUGCUGGCCCGCUUCAUCGACUGGCAGAACCGCACUGAGCCACGCGGUCCUGCCGCCAGACUCGCUGCCGUGCCCCAGCUAUUGCUGCGCCAGAGACCAAAGAAGUCCAAGAAGGAAAACAUGGAGGAAGGAGGUCAGGUGCAUGGUGGGGGCGAGGACAAACCAGGUCUGAAAAGACCUAAAGGCAUCCUGAAGACCAGAGUGGCCGAGGAGCAGCAGUCUGCCCGGCUGGAGGAGGGCCAGCUGGGCCAGACGGCGGCAGCUGAGCAAGCUGAAGGUGCAGGAGACGCCUUCCGUCCAGAUCAACACGAAGAGGAGCCCAUUUUCGGAGGAAGCUCGCCUGCAAAGAUGGUGCCCACCCUGCCCAAAAAAGGCAUCUUGAAGAACAACCAACAGCGGGAAUCAGGCUACUACUCCUCCCCCGAGCGGAGCGAGUCUUCUGAGCUGCUGGGCGGAGCCACCAUGACGCUGCUCGCCACCUCGCCGCCCAGGAGAGCCAUGGGAAGAAAGGGCAUCCUGAAGCGCAACGGCAAGUACUCCACCUACGGCGGACCCUCGUCUGCCGCAGCCGUGACCGCCGCCGGAGCCGUCGUGGAGCCCCCGAACCCGGCCGACUCUGGCCUGUCACGCAGUCAGAGCCGCCCCUCCAGCAUGGUCGGGGAGGACAGCUCAAUGCUGUCACCCGGCAGCGAUGGCGCCGAGUGGCAUUCCUCCACGCCGCACCUCCGCCCCAACAUCCGGGCCUGCGUGUCGGCCGAGAACCUGCUGCACUUGGCCAACUUCAAAAGCUUCCAGGCCACGCCCCCUGCGCUCCAGGCACCCAAGUUUGGACGUACCCCCAAAACAAAAGGCUCCCCGACGGACAAUGGCAGCUUCUCCUUGCUGGGGGACCUGGAGGACAUGACUCAGGUGUACCAGCAAGCCCUGGACAUCAGCAGCAACCUGAACUAGCACACAAACAGGGAAAGCGUGUGUGUGUGUUUAGGAGGCAUUAACGACCAGUGUGUUACUGGGAAUACAAUACGUGUUGGGCUGACAUCUUAAUGGAAACGAGAGGUUUACCCACACACACACGCACACACACACACACACACACACAGGUGCACGUCUCAGGCCAGUGAAAUUCCGGCAGGGCUUUUAGUGAACAGGAUGGAGAGGAGAGCUGGCAGCCACACAACCACGCCACCCAAGUGUGUGUGCGUGUGUGUGUGUGUGUUCCACUUUGCCACUUCCCAGCGUUCCCACAUGUUUACAUAUCCAAGCAAAAGCGGAGAACGCCAGCCAUUCAGAGUUUACAAAAGCACCUUUGAUGAAAAAACACAGAGCACAUAUUUUGUCAUCUUAUUAUGUUGGUCAGAAAGAAACAAACCAGGGUCAUAUUCAAAACGUUGAUGAUUAUUUAUUAGUAUUUGUGUCACUUUUUUCAAUUUUGUGUGCAAAACUUGAUGUUGGGUGUCAGUUGUUACUGGAGUCCCAACUCUUUGGGUGGAACUGACAUAUACAAUAAUAUUAAUGACUAUUAUUAUUAAAGAUACACAGUCAGCAUGUACAGUAUAUGUAAGUAUGCAUGGAAACAUGUUGGCAGUUAUAUUCUCGCAAAAGUGCAUACUCGGAGUAGGAAUUGCAGAAUUACUUAUGAUAUGAUACUAUUGCGAUUUUUCCAACAAUACUGAUAUAAUGAUACAAUGUUUGCAUAUCAUACAUACAUUAUACUAUCUAUGAUACUCUACCUGUAUCACAACACAGUAAUUCAUGAGCGAUACCAUGUGCGAUACCCUGCUACAGCAAUUAAAGGACACGCUUCAGAAAAUGUUGAUAUCACGAUACAUCAAUUGUGUGAUAUCGCUGAAGAAAAUCACAUGCAACAUGUCACAAUAUCUUUAAUCUUCAAGCCUAAUCUAAUGCAACCGUGAUACAAUAAUACACAAUUCAUAACCAUCGCAUGGUAUCAUACAAGAAAGGGUAUUUUUCAAAAUACCGAUAUCACAGUGAAUGUGAUGUAUAUAUCACUAGAAAACAUAUGACGAUAUCAGAAAAAUUUUAUUUUUCCAACAUUACUGAUACAAUGAUUCUGCCAUGUGAGGGAAAAAAUCCAUGCAUGAUACAUCAUGAUAUUGAUGGAACUGGGAAAGUGAAUGACACGUCACAAUAUUGUAACCGUUUCAACGAUACCAAUAUUAGAAGAAAGGGUAUUUUCCAACCUUACGUCAACGUAUUUUCCUGUACAUAACUGAAAUUGGGUAUUUUUCCAACAAUACCGAUAUCGUGACACAACAAAUUCAUGCAUUAUACAUCAUGAUAUCAAUGUAACACAUAAAGUUUCAAUAUGGCGAUACAGUAGUUGUGCGAUAUACAUUUUGGAAGGAAAACACAUUGCGAUACCGAAACACACCAAUAUCACAAUGCAGGAAUAUUGUCCAUCACAUUUUCCAACAAUACGGAUAUUGCAAUUGAAAACCGCAUGAUACAUUACGAUAUCUGCCAUACCGAUGUCACGAUAAGAACACCACUUACAGGAGAGUCACAUGUUGAGAAGUCAAAAGUGACCAUGAAUUGUGGUAUCGGACCUCGACGAUAUCUAUCGAUACGAUACAGGAAGAUGCGUAGGACAUACAUAUAUCCGUGGGAAGUGCCUUUGUGUUUAGGAUUGGUAAACCAAAAAAGAUGGAUGUCCUUUCCCGCCAAGCCAAGUGUGGUCCAGCGCAGAGCAGCUGCCCCCUGCUGGUGUGGAGCUGCUGUUCAUGUCGCUUUGUUCCGUUUGCCAUGAAGAGAGCCAAGAAGCACAUUUUGGACAUGGCUCGCCGUGUACACUGGGCCACCGUGUCAAGUAUUGUUUGUGUUUGAGAGGAAGUUGAUUUGGGAGGAAUAGAGAGAGCGAGAGAGAGAGAGGAGGCGGGCCGGGAUUUCAAGCUGGAAGUAACGUGGAAGUUUGGAUGUUUUUAUGUUCGGGAGCAGUGCUGUUCAACAGGCGGCCCGCAGGCCAAUACAUCCCUAAAUACAGUAGAGUGCUCCUGUCAUUGACAGGAUCUUUGAGUCGCGUUUUUGCUGUAAAUGCCUAAAAACAACACAUAAAGAUCUUUGACUAAUUUUUGCAUGAGGCCCUUAAAAGCAGGAGCUUGCCCCAUUAUUAGAGGAUCUUUGACUAGUUUUUGCUGUAGAUUCCUAAAAACAGCAAAGUCCCUGUGUCACAUAGAGGAUCUCCGGCUAGUAUUUUUUUGCAUUGUUUUGCAUUAUCCUCUAACUAGCUUCUAACUGGAGUAGGUCCUUAAAGAGAGCAGAGCAUCCUGUUGUGGGUUUUGUCACAUAGAGGAUCUUUGACAGGAUUUUUUGGUAAUUGGUCCUUAAUAACAGCAAAGUAAUCCUUUCAUAUUUUGGACUAUUUUUUUGCAUCCAAUUUCUCAACACAGCAUAGCCGUGUCACAUAGUAGAUAUUUGGCUAGUUUAUUUGCAGUAAGUUCUUUAAAACAGCACAGUGCUCCUGUCAUUUCAAGGAUCUUUGACUAGAGUCCUAGUGUCACAAGGAGGAUCUUUGACAAGCUUUUUUGCCAUAGGGCCUUAAAAACAGCAGGGCACUCCUGUCACAUAGAUGAUCUCUGACUAGCAUUACACUGGGGAACAAUAUUUUUUCAACUUUCUGUUGCAUUGGAUUUUUUAACUGAUUCUGAAUGAUUUUUAGGUGCUGAUUUCAAAUCUGAAAUUAGUUUUUCUCCAUAAGCUCUAGUUUUCAUGCAAUUUGAGAUAGAUGAAAUAGUCUAAAUAUAUGAACUUACGUAACCCAAAUCUAUGCGUUUUGAGAUUAUAUACAUAGAUUCCAUUCCUGUUCCAGUUUUCAAAGGUUUGCCUUCAUUAAACGAUAAAGACAUUGGACAUGAUACGAACGAGGAAGACAGUUGUGACAAUGAAUUGCCAGAAACUGAUCCGAGGAAUGUUCUUCAGAGACUGAAUCUCCCCCAGUCCCCAAGCCUCUUCCCCAAACUGAACUGAAUGACUUAGUUCGGGAUUUAGGUCUUUCAAAGAAAGCAGCUGAGCUUUUGGCAUCAAGAUUACAAGGCAAAAAUCUUGUUGAUCACACUGUUAAAGUGUCAUAUUACAGAAAGCGCGACCAGCUUUUUGUGACCUUCUUUUCUGAAGACAGACAGUUUGUUUACUGCCAUGAUAUCCCAGGUCUUCUCAAAGAACUGGGUGUUCCUCACUAUGAUCCAACUGAAUGGCGGCUCUUUAUAGACAGUUCUAAACGCAGUCUCAAAUGUGUUCUUUUGCAUAAUGGCAAUGUUUACGGGGCAGUGCCUGUAGGUCAUUCAGUUCAUCUGCGGGAAGACUAUGAUGACAUCAGAAUGGUCAUGGAAUUCUUAAAAUAUGGUGAGCACAACUCGAUCAUUUGUGUAGACUUGAAAAUGGUAAACUUCCUUCUUGGUCAACAGAAAGGUUUCACCAAGUUUUCAUGUUUCCUCUGCAUGUGGGACAGUCGAGCACGAGACAGACACUGGGUCCAGAAGGACUGGCCUGUUCGUGAAACCCUUGAAGCAGGCAUGCCAAAUAUCACACAUGACCCAAUUGUUGACAGAGAUAGGAUCAUCUUUCCUCCUCUGCACAUCAAACUAAGUUUGAUGAAACAAUUUGUCAAGGCACUGGAUACCGAAGGUGAAUGUUGUCGUUCGAGAAGAUCAAAGCAGGUGUGUUUGAUGGCCCACAGAUUCGAACCCUCAUUCGUGAUGAUCAGUUUGUUGCCAAGAUGACCGCCUUGGAGAGGGCAGCAUGGUUAUCCUUUGUGGCAGUCGUUUAGAACUUCCUUGGAAACAACAAGGCAGAGAACUACAAUGAACUUGUGAACAGAAUGCUCCUCGCUUUUCGUGCUCUCAGGUGCAACAUGAGCAUCAAGCUUAUUUCUUGAACAGCCACCUUGACCAGUUCCCUGAAAACCUGGGGGCUGUGAGUGACGAACAAGGAGAGCGGUUCCACCAAGACCUAAAGAUCAUGGAAGAACGCUACCAAGGUCGCUGGGACAAAAGUAUGAUGGCCGACUACUGCUGGAGUAUUAAACGAGAUUGCCCAGAUGAAGUGUACAAACGCAAAAGUUACAAACGCAAAUUCCUGCCUGACUAAAAUACUGUACUGACAGAAAGUGAUAAGCGUUAUUAGCUGUGAUUGACUCUUAUCUGAAGAACGUUGUAAAUUAUGCUUAUUUCACGUUGCGAUAAAGACUGUUUUCUGAGAAACGCUUCCAGAAAAACAUAUGGCACUUCUAACAAUGGUGUACUUUAAUCUAAAAUCACAUUUUAAUGUUCUGUUUCUUUUGCCUUGUUAAAUAUACUGAUUUGUGGCUGACAUUGCAAUAUCCUAUAAUAAUGCUCGAUUUUUUUCUAUUUUUAAUAAAAAUUAAAGAUUGCAUAAAAUCUGUAGCUUGCAGAAAAAAACUAACUUCAGAUUUGAACUCAGCACACUUAAAUUGACUAAAAACAAGUCUUACUUUAAAUGCAACAUUUUGAGUGUUCCCCAGUGUUAUCCAAACUUAGUUGGAAGGAAGGUUUUUAAGUGAUUGAAAGGUCUUGUAGGUAGAUUGUAGAAUGUGGAAAAGGAGAGUGGAAGGUUUUUGUUUGCGAACCAAAGAUGUGGAUGAAGUUUUGACGUCAUUCAUGUGAGCCGUGCGCUUUUUGUUCUUCUUUACGCCUGCUGUUGAUGCGGCUUGGCUUGGCUUGACGGGGAAGACAAAAACACAAGAAAACAAAAUGGGAGACGGGUGAUUGAUAUCAUCCUAAAAAUGUCAGGAAAAUCAUUCCCAUGUUGGAUGAGAGUGCGGGUGUGAAGGAAGAAAAGCUCUGAGUAUUGUAUUGCCUUUUUUUUUCCUAUUGCAUUUUUUUAUUGUCAACUGGAUUUACAGUGAUUUAAUUAUACUAUGUUAGUAUUUUUCUUUUAUUACGCUUUUUGAUUUUUACAAAAUAUAAGCAAUU